AUGAUUCUGCAAACUUCUAUCGCAUUGCUUGUUCCCACAAUUUGUUGGUCCGCUGAGCUGCGACUAUUGCAAGCCGUCUGGAGGCACGGCGAUCGCGCGCCAGGUGAUCUACCAUAUCCGAAUGACCGAUAUGAUGAGAAAGCGUGGCCGCGCGGAUGGGAUCAGUUGACAAAUAAAGGAAUCUGGCAGGCUGCCGAGCUUGGCACAUGGCUUUAUACGAAUUACGGGAAAUCGGUACUGAAAGUAUUCAAUAAGGAUAAGAUUUAUAUAAGAGCAAGUGAUUCGGAAAGAGCAAUCGAGACUGCUCAAGGGGUGGCAGCUGGUUUGUUUCCGCCGACUGGCGAUCGUAUAUGGGAAUCAUCGUUCCUUAAAUACUGGCAGCCAACUCCGAUUCAUACCGGUGGUGACGCUCUGGAUCCACUUCUUCGACCGACUAAAAUCGAUUGCCCUCUACUCGACCGACUCGUUGAUGAGAGCCUUGCAAAUCUGGCGCCAUCGUACAAUCAAAAGUACUCAGUAAUGUUCAAAUAUUUACAAGAGAAGACUGGUUUGGAAAACGUGUCAUUUCCCAAAGUCAAAAGUUUGUAUGAUAUUCAAAGGGAGAUUGACCACAAUAUGCCACAGGAGAAAUGGUUGAAUCAGGUGUUCAAUGGCGAAAUGAUAAUGGACCAUAUAAGGGAAAUCAAGAGGGUCACAAGGAAUGAGGAUUUCAAUAGUCCGGCAAAAGCAAAACUAUCAGGCGGAUUUUUGUUGAACAGAAUUAUUGAGAAUAUGGAGAAUGCGGUUAACAACGCUUCAACAAUGGAAGCAUUCUUGUAUUCCGCGCACGAUGGAACUGUGAGCGCGUUGAUGAAUGCGCUCGGCGUUGCUGAUGGUCAAUUGGUGCCAUAUGCGGCAACACUCCUUUUAGAGUUGUACGAUGAUCAGAGUGUUAAGAUAAUCUGGAGAAACAACACCGAAACGACAUAUACGCUUCAUGUGCCUGGCUGCAGUGAGAAUUGCUCGUUCGCCGAAUUCGCCACAAUAUUAGAGCCAAUGAGAGUGCGGAGUUUUGAAGACUUAAUCGAGGUGCUUUAUAUGAUCUCCAAUUUUUUCUUUAUUUAUCAAUUUUCAACAGCAAUGCAAAGAUAA